AUGUAUAUGCUCAUUGGGCUUGGUGUAUCUAGCUUUAUUAUUUUAUUGUCUGGCAAUCCUGUUGAAUGCUUUGAGAUAUUGGAUGCUAUGUAGUAUUAAGCUAAUCUAAAAUAUAUAAGUUCAAAUUUUCCAGAACAUGUCAUGAUUUACUUUGAAUCUUCAGAAAUAGUAACAAUAAUACCAAUUUUUGAAAAACUUAAAAUCCUUGAAUUAUAUCAAGUUUUUAUAGGAUAGGUUUAUGUGCCAGCAUUUGGAAAGUUUCUAUUUUAUAAUAUCAAUUCAGACUUAAUCACUAAUUUAUCAAGUUUGAUAGUGUAAAUUGGUAUGGCAGGAGUUUUAUUUUUGAUAUCUAAGAUGUAUUUAAAGAUAGUUUUUAACAUCUAGUACACCAAGAUCAGGACUUUCAUUUAUUGCAAUAAAAUGCUUUGUAUCACAUAAUAGAUUGCGUUUUUGGUACAUAAAAUUAAUAGGUUAAGCCUUGGGAUUAAUUAAAUGAUGUCAUUAUAGGGGGUUGUGUAUAUCAUUAAAGCAAAUUGUUGGGACUUACUUUUUAAGACUAUGUUGUAUCUCUAUUCUGAAAAGGAGAAUAAUCUUAGAAAUUAAAUCUAGGAUAUACUUGCAUAGUCUUUAUUAGUAAGUGUUUUAGUAUUAGUUUUCUAUAUUUUUAAAAUAAAGGAUUCAUAAAUGGCAUUAAAAAAAAGGAAAAGUCUUUGUUAUGAUGGCUUGAAUGUUGCUAAAAAGAUAUUAUUUGUUUUAGUUUUAAUUGGAUGCUAAAAAAGCUAAUUAUUAUAAUCAAUUUUAUUAUCAUUGAUCAAUUCUAUUUACCUAACAAUUAUUGUGUUAGGCAAAAUGGUUAACUCGAAGAUUGAUUUAAUCAUAAUUCUAAUGUUUGAAAUACCUGUUAUCAUAUUUACUCUACUUAAUAUUUGUCAUGAAGAAACUUACUCUCAUUUUUUAAGUUUAUAAUCUUAAGUUAUGGUUGGAUUCGGAUAGAUUGGACUUUUAUCGUUCGGAAUAAUGGCACCUUUAAUAAAAUAUGGACAUCAAAUCAAAAGUAAACUGACAAUAUUAAUUAAAAGAUGGAAAAAAUAUAAAGUAAAUUAAAAAGAACAAGCUUAGUCCUCUCUUUUUAUCUGA